AUGGCCGCCGCCCUCACCACCGCCAGUAAAUUGCCUACAACAGCUCAAUUACUCUCUUCUUCUUCUUCUUCUUCAUCUUCUUUUACUCCGCAACUGGAUGUGAAGUCGGUCUCCUUCUCCAGCAACCGCGCCAAAAACUGUAAAUCAGAAGUUCACUGCGCCCUUCACUCCCCUUCCGUCCUCCAUUUCCCAAAACAGCCCUACCAGGCGCCAAUAAUUACGAGGGAGGACCAAACCCGCCCCCACCACCAAAAACAACAGUCUUCUUCUUCUCCCUGGAAUUUCCUCCAGAGAGCGGCCGCCCACGCGCUCGACAUGGCCGAGAGCGCGUUGCUCUCACGCGAGCGCCAGCGCCCGCUCCCCAAGACCGCCGAUCCACGUGUCCAGAUUGCCGGCAACUUCGCCCCGGUCCCCGAGCAGCCAGUCGUCCACGCCCUCCCCGUGACCGGGACCAUCCCGCACUGCAUUGACGGCGUCUACAUCCGUAACGGCGCCAACCCGCACUUCGAGCCCGUCUCCGGCCACCACUUCUUCGACGGCGACGGCAUGGUCCACGCCGUCAACAUCGCCGGCGGCGAGGCCAGCUACGCCUGCCGCUUCACGGAAACAGAGAGGCUCAAGCAGGAGAAGAAUCUCGGCCGGCCGGUCUUCCCCAAGGCGAUCGGCGAGCUCCACGGCCACUCCGGCGUCGCCAGGCUGCUCCUGUUCUACGCCAGGGGACUGUUCGGCCUGCUCGAUCACACCCACGGCACCGGCGUCGCCAACGCCGGCCUCGUCUACUUCAACGACCGGCUGCUCGCGAUGUCGGAGGACGAUAUCCCGUACCAAGUCCGGAUCACUCCCGCCGGCGAUCUCGAGACGGUGGGGCGGUACAAUUUCGACGGCCAAUUGACCACCACAAUGAUCGCCCACCCGAAAUUGGACCCCUCUUCCAAAGAGCUCUUCGCCCUGAGUUACGACGUCGUUCAGAAACCUUAUCUCAAAUAUUUCCGAUUCUCCCCGGAGGGGGAGAAAUCGCCCGACGUCGACAUUCCCCUGCCCGUGCCGACGAUGAUGCACGACUUCGCGAUCACCGAGAAUUUCGUCGUGAUCCCCGACCAGCAGGUGGUUUUCAAGCUCCAGGAGAUGAUCAAAGGCGGAUCCCCUGUCAUCUACGACAAGGAAAAAGUCUCCCGAUUCGGCAUCCUGCGAAAAGACGCCACCACCGCCGACGACAUUAUCUGGAUCGACUCGCCGGAGACUUUCUGCUUCCACCUGUGGAACGCGUGGGAGGAGCCCGAAACCGACGAGGUGGUGGUGAUCGGGUCCUGCAUGACCCCGCCGGACUCGAUUUUCAACGAAAGCGACGAAAGCUUGACGAGCGUGCUGUCGGAGAUCAGGCUGAAUUUGAAAACAGGGGAGUCCACGCGCCGCCCGAUAAUUCGGGAGGAAACAGAGCAGGUGAAUUUGGAGGCGGGGAUGGUGAACCGGAACCUAUUGGGCCGGAAGACCCGGUUCGCUUACCUGGCCAUUGCGGAGCCCUGGCCCAAGGUGUCCGGGUUCGCGAAAGUGGACCUUUUUAACGGGGAGGUGAAAAAAUUUAUUUACGGCGACGGUAAGUACGGAGGGGAGCCGCUUUUCCUGCCUAGCGGCGGCGGUGAAAAGGAGGACGAGGGUUACAUUCUGGCCUUCGUCCACGACGAGGAGAACUGGACGUCGGAGCUGCAGAUAGUUAACGCCGUCACCAUGCAGCUCGAGGCUUCCGUCCAGUUGCCGUCCAGAGUCCCCUAUGGGUUUCACGGCACGUUUGUGGAAUCCAAGGACUUGGCUACUCAGGCGUAG